GCUGCGUCUACUUGUGUUUUGUUUACAAAUGCUGCACGACUUCUGUAAAGAAUGGCGAUCUCUAUAGCCAUCCUGGACUGUGACCUCCUCUUACAUGGCCGAGGACAAAAAACCCUGGACCGCUUUGACCUGGACUCUGUCUCCGACCAUUUCCUCCUCUCACAGUUUGGCUUCCCCAGACAUUUCAUCCUCUACCUGGUGGAGUUACUCAGAGAGGCUCUGUGCAGACGUACCCAGAGGUCCAGAGCCAUCAGUCCUGAGGUCCAGGUGUUGGCAGCUUUGGGUUUCUACACGUCCGGCUCUUUUCAGACGUCUAUGGGAGAUACUAUCGGGAUCAGCCAGGCGUCCAUGUCCAGAUGUGUGUCAAACGUGACCAAAGCCCUGGUGGAGAAAGCUCCUCAGUUCAUCACCUUCAACAGAGACCCCGCCAGCAGAGACCAAAACUUCCAGGAGUUCCAGAGGGUUGCAGGAUUUCCAGGAGUUCUGGGGGUGCUGGACUGUGUUCAGGUGACGAUCAAAGCCCCGAACAGCGAGGACUUUUCCUUCGUGAACAAAAAGGGUUUCCACUCUGUGGGCUGUCAGCUGCUCUGUAACGCUCGAGGACUCUUACUCAGUGCAGAAACGUGGCCAGGAGGACUCAAAGACACGGAGAUUCUGGAGAGAUCCGCUCUAUUUAAACAGCUGCAGGACGUCGAGGAUGGCUGGCUGCUGGGCGACUGUCGUUACCCUCUGAAGAAGUGGCUGAUGACGCCGGUCGAUAACCCAGAAACCCCGGCUGAGUUUCAGUAUAAUCUGGCUCACACGACUACACAUGAGAUUGUGGACCGGACCUUCAGGGCCAUCCAGACCAGAUUCAGGUGUUUGGACGGCACCAAAGGAUACCUUCAGUACUCUCCUGAGAAAAGUUCGGCUAUCUUGCUCGCCUGCUGCGUCCUCCACAACGCCUCCCUGCAGUCCGGAUUGGACGCCUGGACUCUGGAGAGAACCGACCCUCUGGAGCAGCCCGAGAGCCUCGAGCAGAGACCCGAGGACCGGGACAGCCAUGCGGAGAACAUGCGGAAACAGCUCAUACUCAAAACAGCUGAUCUGCUCUCUGGGGCGUCAAAGACUGAACUACGACUGUGACCAGAGUUAAAAAAAAGAAAAAGUCACAUUUAAAGCAAAAGAAUCCACAGACACGGCGUUGCUGAUGCAGUUUUUUAAUAUUUUGCUGGUUUCUACUCUACGGACUACACUAAGAUAACAUAGUUGUAUAUGGAGGAACAUGCAAGACGCUAUACAACAAACCAAGACAACAGGUGAACAUGUCACAUUUCAAAUAACACCCUGGAACCCUACAAUUAUUUAAACUGUGUGCAGCCGCCGUGUUAUCGCAGUUCCUUUACAUGUGGAAAAAGUCUCCCUCCCUCCUUUUAUGUUCAUUUUUUAAACCCUCCCACCCUCCUUAGAUCCGCCUUUACCCCACUGAUUGUUUUUUUCUUUUCCACGUCAUUCAACAAUCUCACAAUACAAAAAACAAAAACAGAAAAGGCCCUUAUUUACAACAACUGCACAUUUUGUUGUCAUUAUUUAUGUACACUGGUGAGUUAUGACUGUGAAAGGGGGAUUCCAGUAUCAUGUUUUUUUAACCUUUUGUACAUGUUGGUGUUUAAAUCACCGAUCUAUUCACACUGUUUCUGCAGACGAUUGGUUCAGCCUGCAGCCGUUAAACGAGCUGUAAAGGCUGCAAAGAACAACCGCUAAUGAUUCUUGUUUUUAAGAAUGACUUAGAGUGCUCAAGAUGUUUGUUUUAGUCUUUGAAACAUCCGUUAUAUCACUUUAUUCAAAAACACCAAACUCCAUUGACAAAAUUAGCGAUCCAAAAGUGGUGAUCAAGACGUGAGCUAAUCCGACUUUUUGGGUUUUUUUUAACCAGGCUGUAAACAUUUUAAUUUCAGCUUUUUUGAAUGGGUGUGUAUGUGACUUCCUGUGCUUCUGCAGCCAGCCUCUAGUGGACACUCGAGGGACUGCAGGAUGUUACACUUUAGCAUCAGCUUCAUUGUUUCUGAAACUGUUUUUGUCAGUGGAGUCUGGUGGUUAAUCAAUUGUCUUCCUCUGUAACAUAAAGGUCUCUCUCUGUGAUAUUGUCACUUAGACUUACUCAUUGCUUCCGACUAAAGCAACUCCAAAACAUUUUAGCUAUUUUAGUCACUAACUCAUUGAAAUCUAUACAUUUGUAAACGUGCAAAAAAUUGGGCCGAGGUUGAAAACUACCGGAACUCCCCUUUAAGGAUGAGAAACAUUGGGAUGUUUGUGCUGCGGGCUGCAGUCACAAAAACAUUUAGACAUUUUUUUUCAAAAGGGACACAAAAUAAAACUCGUAAAAAAAAAAGAACACAAUAAAGAAAAUCUGUGACUUUCAAUACAGAACACUCCCAAGUAUUCGUCUUUACAAGUUUGGAGAUGUGAAGGAAAUGAACAUUUUGUAACAGUCGUUUUCUAAAUCUGUCAGAAAAUCAAAGAGUAAAGUUCCUUCAACGUGUGGAGAUAAUAAAGCUAGUGGUUUUUUUUAAAUUCC